AUGAAAACGCAGUGUUUGGAUUUCACCCGGAGUCAACCAAGAGUCCGCUUAAAACCAGUUUAUCUAUGGUCCCAAAAGCUACUGUGUCUUGUGUUCACAACAAUCUUCUUAGGGUCUGCUGCCAACAGACCGCCACGUUUUCUCAUAGAGGGACGCUCAGAAAUUGUCGUGAGGUUAAAAGAAGGACCCGAUACGCCAAUAGGAACUUUAAUAUAUCGACUUCGAGGCAUUGAUCCUGACGGCGAUACACUGAAAUUCGGUAUUAAAGACCAACUCGGUAGUGAUAUAGUAAGACUAGAAGCCAUUUCGUCCAACGAAGCUAAUGUAUAUUUAGUUAAGGAAUUAGAUAGAGAGACUCGUGAUGAAUACUCUUUUGUCCUGACGCUAACGGAUGGACAUUUAGGAGAAGGUAACUUUGUAACACAAAGUUUUUUGUUGUUGGUCGAAGAUGUAAACGACAACGAACCUGUUUUUAAACCGUAUGCCUCUGCUAUUACCGUAAGAGAAGAUGCAACUCCUAGUGUUUUAACAACCGUAGAAGCUACUGAUCUUGACGAAGGAGCAUAUGGACAAGUCUUAUAUCAUUUGCAAGAAUUAGACGGAGACGUAGAAAACUUUGCAGUACAAACAGUGAAUGGUAAAGGGGUAAUACGCUUAGUUAAUCGCUUAGACUAUGAACGAAAGUCAUUAUAUCAACUACGGGUAUUGGCGGUUGAUCGCGCAAAUCAAGGAAGAAUUAACACAGGCACGGCCGCUAUAUUAGUAAAGGUUCAAGACGUUGAAGAUCAGCCACCGGAGUUCCUGGUUGCUAGUCCUGUUACUAGAAUAAGUGAGGAUGCACCUGUCGGGACAUCUGUUUUACAAGUUCGGGCCAUUGACGGAGAUAGAGGAAUUAACAAUCGCAUUUCGUACAGUAUUAUAUCUGGAGGAGAGGAGCAUUUUGAUAUUGACAGCAGUUCAGGCGUUGUAUACACUAUCAAUCCGUUGGAUAGAGAAGAUCCAUUUAAUAGCAAUGGAGCUUAUAUCUUGGAAAUUUUGGCUACUGAAGAAUCCCAUCAAGUAUCACCUUUGCCCAGUGCUACCACAGAGGUGACAGUCAUUGUCACAGAUGUAAAUGAUGAAAUUCCAAGGUUCCGUAAUGAAAGAUAUGUUGGAGAAGUAUUAGAAAAUGCUCAGCAGAAUACUCCUAUUACCUUUUUAGAAGAUGCAAUACCAGAAGUGUUUGAUUAUGAUCAGGGUAAAAAUGGAACAUUUGAACUAUAUUUAGUAGGAGAUAAUGGUGUAUUUGAUGUAACACCAUUUAAGGGCAUAAAUGAGGCAUCAUUUCUUAUUAGAGUGAAUGAUCCUACUAUGCUUGAUUAUGAAAAGCUAACAGAGAUGAAUUUCAGUCUAGUCGCCAAAGAAGUUGUUACCAAAGACCCUAAGAUGAGUAUUGUGCCAAUAACAGUUCACAUUAAGGACGAAAACGAUAAUUUCCCUGAGUUCACAGAGUCACUGUACACAGUCUCAAUACCAGAAAACUGUGGAAUAGGAACUACAGUGGCUUGGGUUCAAGCGCUCGACGAAGACUCAGAUAAUUAUGGAACUAAAGGGAUCCGAUAUACAAACCUGAGAGGGAGUGUAGCUCACUUAUUGAACCUUAAUGCAGUAACAGGUGUAAUAACAGUAAAACAAUCAGGCGAGGGUAGUUUCGACAGAGAAUUAGUUUCCCGUCACUAUCUUACAGUCGAAGCGAGGGAUGACCAAGGGAAUGGUAACAGGAAUACAGCUCAACUUGUGAUCAAUAUACAGGAUGUCAAUGACAAUGCACCAAUGUUCCUAGCCAAUAAAUAUGAAGCCAGGCUAUUGGAAAAUGAAAAGCACUUUGAAAAUCCGCUAGUUUUGGAAGCAAGAGAUAUAGAUCUAAAUGGCACCAUAAAUAGUCACAUAGAAUAUUCAAUAGUCGGGGGCGAUUACAAAAACAACUUUUCUAUCGAUCCCAAUCUUGGCAUUAUCACUCCAGUUGGUGGAUUGGACUUUGAACAGAUUCCCGGCGACAAUGGGAACAUUCGACCGAUACAUUUAACUGUAAAAGCUCGAGACUUCGGAAUACCACCACUGUCCUCUACAGUACCUGUGACAAUAUACGUACAAGAUGUGAACGACCACGCGCCUAUGUUCCAACAGAUGAUAUAUAAGAGAUCGAUUCCUGAGGAUAUGCCGGGGGGAACUAGUAUUUUGGAGGUUAAAGCUCGCGACGCAGACGGUUCGUCGCCAAAUAACCGCGUGGUGUACCGCAUCCAGCGCGGCGCCGCGGACAAGUUCGUGGUGGGGGCGAACACGGGCGUGCUGACAGUUGCACCCGGUGCCAGUCUCGAUCCCGACGUGGCUAGCCCCAAGCGCACCCGAUACACCCUCACCGUGGUGGCCAUAGAUGGCGGUAUAGGUGAACAACAGUUAAGCGCUGCCGUACUCGUCAAUAUCACAAUUGUUGACGUAAACAACAAACCUCCAAUAUUAUAUGAACCUGGUACCAUUAGUGUGAUGGAAAAUACACAGGUAGGUACAGUCGUCUACCGCGCGCUUGCCCACGACCCAGAUGAACAACCUGUAUUGCGGUAUUCCAUUGAUAGAAGCGGUAGCCUUGCCAAGAACGAAGACGGUGUACUGAUACCACUCUCUGAAUAUGACUAUCUUUCACCGUGGGAUUUAAAUCCAGUAGAUGGAACAUUAAGAGUGAUACGACUUGUCGACCGAGAGAAAGUAGAAAUCGUGAAACUUAUGCUAAAGGUUGAAGAUAUGGCGGCGAUAGGAAGUGGUCCAAGGCAAACAGCGUACGCUACUUUAACUAUUGUAGUGGAUGACGAAAACGAUAAUAAUCCAAGGUUCAGGAAACCGUUCUAUAAGACCUCCAUUACUGAAAACUCAAAGAAUGGAGCUGUCAUUGACCAUGUUAUAGCUGACGAUGCUGAUAAAAAUCGCACCAUGACUUAUUUCCUUGAGGGUCCAGAAGAGCUAUUAGAACUAGUACACAUGGAAAGUGCCACAGGAGAGCUGGUGGUUGCUAACAAAAUCGACCACGAAGUGCAUUCGUGGAUCAAUCUAACUGUGAAGGCAGUAGAUAGCGGCGAACCACCGCGAUAUGCUGUUGUCGAUCUGUUCAUACAGGUACUGGAUGAAAACGACAAUAAUCCGAUAUUUGAAACGUCCUCAUUUGAGUAUAGAGUGCGAGAAGACAUUCAGCCCGGUACACCCGUGGCUGACAUCAUAGCUCGAGAUGCAGAUUCAGGGGAAUUUGGAAAAGUAACAUACCUGCUUGACCGAAUGUCCUCACAGGGCAAGUUUCUGAUAAAAGCGGAAACAGGAACUCUGACAGUAGCGGAGUAUUUAGACCGUGAGACACAGUCGACAUAUAACCUGGUGGUGGAAGCCUGGGACAACUACCAGUUCGGAUACCUAAGCGGGGAAAGCAGGAACGCUUUCAAACAAAUUGUCGUACAUGUAGAGGACGUGAACGACAAUCCGCCCGUACUCAACGUCCCGAGCGAGUGCGCCUCCGUGACUGAGUUCCACAACCACCGCGAGCCCAUCGUCGCGGUGUCGGCCAGCGACGCCGACGACAGCACCACGCCCAACGGACGCGUGCAGUUUCAUCUUGUCGCUGGAAAGGGGCAUGAGCUGUUCCGGUUUGAGCAAGUGGGCGGGGACGCGAACACGGGUCGCCUAUUCGCCCGGCAGCCGCUGAAGGAUCGGUUCGGGAACUACACGCUGGUAGUGGAAGCGCGGGACCUGGGUCUACCCGUCAACACGGCGCGCGCCGAACUGCGCGUGUGCGUCUCCGACUACAACGAUCACGCGCCCGUAUUCGUUCAUCCGCCGCAAAAUGUCACCAUCAAAGUGCCCGAGAACGCGACAGUGGGUACGACCGUAGUGGAGGUGCGCGCGAUCGAUGCGGACAUCGGGCCCAACGGCGCCGUGCGUUACCGGCUGAAGCGCGACGCGGGCGGCGCCUGGCGCGCCUUCGCCGUGCACGCGGCCAGCGGCUCGCUGCGCACCGCCGCGCCGCUCGACCGCGACCUGCGCACCACCUACCAGCUCAGAAUCGAAGCUUACGACCUCGGCCUCCCGACCCCACUCAGUUCGGACCUAGAUCUUACUAUAUACGUGCAGAAUGUGGACAACUACCGACCCCGCUUUCCUGAUAAAGAAAUCUUCAUUAAUAUCACCGAGAAUGUACAAGAUUAUGGAGUGUUUUUACCUAAUGUGGUGGAAAGAGAUCCAAUUGAUAGGGGGGAUGAGCCAAUACUACCGGUUUGCUAUUACAUAGUAGAGGGAAACGAGGAUGCAAUGUUCGAACUGGACAGAAGCACUCACAGACUAUCAACAUCAAAGCCGUUGGAUCGGGAACAAAAAUCCCAAUAUACACUCACAAUAUUGGCAUCCGAAGACUGUGUGGUCAAACCCACAUACGAGGAGACAACAGACGCCAUCAGUUCCCUCAAAGUGCUCGUCAAGGUUGAGGACGUGAACGACAACGCACCUAAGUUUGUAAGCGAUAUAUUUACCGGAGGAAUAACUACGGAAGCCGACUUUGGGAUUGAGUUUAUGCAUGUAAAGGCUGAAGAUAUAGACGAAGGCGAUAACGCAAAAAUAUCCUAUUAUCUGUUGGGAGAUGUAAAAGAAACCUUAACAGAGGGCUUGGAAAACUUAGCGGUUUCGCCGUUCCUUGUGAACGUCGAGACUGGUGCCGUCUCGCUUAACUUUGACCCGCAGAAGGGGAUGAAGGGAUACUUCGAUUUUAAGGUAUUGGCGAACGACACUGAUGGAUACCAAGACGAGUCCCAUGUUUUCAUAUAUCUGCUUCGCGAGGACCAACGCGUACGUUUCGUUUUACGUGCGCAUCCAUCAAAGAUACGAGAUAGAAUACAAGUUUUUCGCGAAAUACUCGCACGUGUAACAGAAUCCGUUGUAAAUAUCGACGAUUUACGAGUGCACGAGAACAAAGAUGGUUCCGUGGAUAAUACUAAGACGGAUCUAUACUUACAUCUGGUGAAUAAGGAGGACCAUUCUGUACUCGAAGUGGAACAGGUUUUGAAACUCGUUGAUAAGAAUAUAGAGAAACUUGAUGAUCUUUUUAAGGAGUUUAACGUGCUGGACACUCAACCGGCUGAAUACCAGCCUUUGACCGCCGAGGGCCUGACCACAAACCAAACGGUAUAUUGGCUUGUGUGGACGACUUUGUUCUUGUCCCUUUUAUUGGUGCUCGCCUUGAUGAUAUGCCUGUCACAGAGAGCAGACUACGUAAGAAAACUGAAGGCUGCCACGGCCACUGCUUACUCUUCACCGACCCCCGGCGAGUCGAACUUGACAAUACGCAGCUCCGGCGGCAGAGUGCCAAACACAAACAAACACAGCUCAAAAGGCUCGAAUCCAAUCUGGCUGCAAGCGUACGAAAACGACUGGUACAAGUCCGACGACCAACUGAGUCGCUCCGAACGCGACUCCCUCGACGAGAAUGCAGUGAACCAGGACCUCUCCAACGACAAACCAUAUUUUAUAACCACCGGCGCGUUCCCCUCCAUACAGUCCAGCGAAACGGACACACAGAACAACCAAGCCGAUUGCGAUUUCUACCAACAAUUGGAACAGAUGAAAAACGCCAAGAACAUGGAAACAACUGAAUUGUAA